ACAUCCCCGACCCUCCAGUGGCACCGAACGUGACGGAUGUGGGAGAUGAUUGGUGUAUCAUGAAUUGGGAGCCUCCUGUCUAUGAUGGAGGGUCUCCAAUCUUAGGAUACUUUAUUGAGAGGAAAAAGAAACAAAGCUCCAGGUGGAUGAGACUGAAUUUUGAUCUCUGCAAAGAAACAACUUUUGAGCCCAAGAAGAUGAUUGAAGGCGUGGCCUAUGAGGUCCGCAUCUUUGCAGUCAAUGCCGUGGGCAUCUCCAAGCCCAGCAUGCCCUCCAAGCCUUUUGUUCCUUUGGCUGUAACCAGCCCUCCUACUCUUCUGGCUGUUGACUCUAUAACUGACACAACUGUCACAAUGAAGUGGCGGCCCCCAGACCAGAUUGGUGCAGCAGGUUUAGACGGCUAUGUGCUAGAGUAUUGCUUUGAAGGAU